CCACCCCCGGCACCUCGCCAGAGCCACCACCCCCCCGGGGCUCUGGCACCGGGUCGGGGCAGCGGGAGCACCGGGAGCGCCGAUUCCGGGCACGGAGCAGCGCUGCGGAGCACCGAGAGAGGCCGGGCCGGGUACCGGGACCGCCACGUCCGAGAACCCGGAGCUGUCCUGCCGCGCACGGUAGAUCGGGACACCAGGAGCCGGCGAACCGAGCAGAGGGGCGCGCACGUUUCGGGCACCGGGAGCCGUCCAGGCGGGACUUGAGCGUAUCCAGUCACCGGGAGUCUUCCAGGCAGCACCGGGCACGGCAAAUCGGAUCACUAGGAGUCGUCCAGGCGGCACCGGACACGGCAAAUCCGGUCACCGGGAGUCAUCCGGGCAGGACCUGAGUGUAUCGAGUCGCCGGGAGUCGUCCAGGCACCAUCGAGUACGGCAAAACUGACCACCGGGAAGACAUCCAGGCAGCACCGGGCACGGCAGAUCCAGACGGGAGGACCGUCCGGCUAGCUGGGCACCGGGCACGGUAAAUCCGGGCACCAUGGGCCCUCCCGGCAUGCUGCCCGCCCUGGCCUGGCUGCUGGUGGGGCUGAGCGUGCCGUUGCCGUGCCGGAGCCAGCCACACGGCGAGAAGGGCAUCUCCAUCCCCGACCACGGCUUCUGCCAACCCAUCUCCAUCCCACUCUGCACAGACAUCGCCUACAACCAGACCAUCAUGCCCAACCUGCUGGGACACACCAACCAGGAGGACGCGGGCUUGGAGGUCCACCAGUUCUACCCCUUGGUGAAGGUGCAGUGCUCGCUGGAGCUGAAGUUCUUCCUGUGCUCCAUGUACGCGCCGGUGUGCACGGUGCUGGAGCAGGCCAUCCCGCCCUGCCGCUCCAUCUGCGAGCGGGCGCGCCAGGGCUGCGAGGCCCUCAUGAAUAAGUUUGGUUUCCAGUGGCCCGAGCGGUUACGGUGCGAGAACUUCCCCCGGCACGGCGCCGAGCAGAUCUGCGUGGGGCAGAACCACUCGGAGGACGGUGGCUCCCCGGCGCUGCUCACCAGCGCCACGCCGCUGGCCGGCCAGGGCACCCCGGGCGCCCCUCGUUACGCCACCCUCGACCACCCCUUCCACUGCCCGCGGGCGCUGAAGGUGCCCAGCUACCUCAACUACAAGUUCCUGGGGGAGAAGGACUGCGCGGCGCCCUGCGAGCCCACCCGGCCCGACGGCCACAUGUUCUUCAACGAGGACGAGAUCCGUUUCGCCCGCAUCUGGAUCCUCAUCUGGUCUGUCUUGUGUUGUGCCUCGACCUUCUUCACCGUCACCACCUACCUGGUGGACAUGCAGCGUUUCCGCUACCCCGAGCGCCCCAUCAUCUUCCUCUCGGGCUGCUACACCAUGGUGUCGGUGGCCUACAUUGCUGGCUUCGUGCUGGAGGAGAGGGUGGUCUGCAACGAGCGGUUCCAGGAGGACGGCUACCGCACGGUGGUACAGGGCACCAAGAAGGAAGGCUGCACCAUCCUCUUCAUGAUGCUCUACUUCUUCAGCAUGGCCAGCUCGAUCUGGUGGGUCAUCCUCUCCCUCACCUGGUUCCUGGCUGCCGGCAUGAAGUGGGGCCACGAGGCCAUCGAGGCCAACUCGCAGUACUUCCACCUGGCUGCCUGGGCCGUGCCGGCCGUCAAGACCAUCACCAUCCUGGCCAUGGGGCAGAUCGACGGGGACCUGCUGAGCGGCGUCUGCUUCGUGGGCCUCAACAACAUCGACCCUCUGCGGGGCUUCGUGCUGGCCCCGCUCUUCGUCUACCUCUUCAUCGGCACCUCCUUCCUGCUGGCCGGCUUCGUCUCCCUCUUCCGCAUCCGCACCAUCAUGAAGCACGGCGGGACCAAGACGGAGAAGCUGGAGCGGCUGAUGGUCCGCAUCGGGGUCUUCAGCGUCCUCUACACCGUCCCCGCCACCAUCGUCAUCGCCUGCUACUUCUACGAGCAGGCUUUCCGCGAGCACUGGGAGCGCAGCUGGAUCAGCCAGAACUGCAAGAGCUUGGCCAUCCCCUGCCCGCUCCACUUCACCCCCCGCAUGACCCCCGACUUCACCGUCUACAUGAUCAAGUAUCUCAUGACUCUCAUCGUGGGCAUCACCUCCGGCUUUUGGAUAUGGUCGGGGAAGACCCUGCACUCCUGGAGGAAGUUCUACACGCGGCUCACCAACAGCAAGCAGGGCGAGACGACGGUGUGACCC